GCCUUAUUGGUAUAAUGAAAGUCGCUAUCGCCCACUGGGUGCAGAAACAGAAUGCUAUAGGAAUUUGACAAGAUUUAUUGAUAUUUCUUCAUGUUUUAAUCAGUGAAGAGGAAAAUAUCGCAGUGAUGGCGGACCCUGCAGUCGCGGGCGGCGGAUCUUUAAACGCCGGAAUGCGGUCAGGUGGUAAUAAGCCCACGACGAGUCCCGCGGAGAACUACUCCCUGGCCCGCCGGCGCACCCUGCAGGUGGUGGUGAGCUCCCUGCUCACAGAGUGUGGCUUCGAGAGCGCCGAGAAAGCAGCCGUGGAAACUUUAACAGAAAUGAUGCAGAGCUACAUAACUGAGGUUGGACGUUGUGCCAAAGCAAGCUGUGAGCAUACAGCCAGAAGCAGCCCGACUCUCUCAGACGUGGUUAUUACGUUAGUGGAAAUGGGUUUUAACGUAGACUCGCUCCCUUUGUAUGCCAAAAGAUCUCAGAGGAUGGUUAUAACGGCACCUCCAGUGACGAAUUCCCCCGUCAUUCCCAAGGCUCUUAUUGCUGGACAGAAGCGGACUCACCCUGCUUACAUCCCUAGCCAUUUUCCAGAAUUCCCUGACCCUCAUACAUACAUCAAGACCCCGACAUUUCGUGAGCCUGUAUCAGACUAUCAGGUGCUGAGGGAGAAGGCAGCUUCACAAAGACGAGAUGUCGAGAGGGCGCUCACACGUUUCAUGGCAAAGACUGGAGAGACACAAAGCCUCUUUAAAGAUGACGUCACUGCUUUUCCAUUGAUAGCAGCAAAGCCGAGCUCUAUCCCAUACCUCAGUGCUCUACUGCCCUCUGAGCUGGAGCUGCAGUCCCUGGAGGAAACGGACUCGUCCGAGCAGGACGACCAGACAGACUCCGAAAACAAUGCCAACAACAUCAAUAGCGAUGACGCAGGAGCAGAUAAAGAGAAUGCCGUUCUGCCUCCUGGUGGCGGUGUACCUUCUAUGAAGAAUAAUGAGGAAAACAUGAUUGAUAACCCGUAUCUUCGACCAGUCAAGAAGCCUAAAGUGAGGCGGAAAAAAUGAACAGCAAAUGCAUGGACUCGAGUUUGCACAGAAAUGUCAGAAUGAAGACACUAUUGUGCUUAUGGUUGACAUAGAAGGAACUGUGUUCACUGGGGCAGUUAGGAACAGCCUGCUGGUUUAAUUAGGAGAGGGUAUUAAUGCACAACCAGCUGGCUUUGUAUAAUGCAGAGGCUGAUGGUCUGAACUGCAGCGUGUGUCUUAAAGGUGGGUAUUUGUAGACUGUUAGACCUCUUAUAUAGUCACUCACGGUUUAGGUUUGGUUUACUCUUGGAUUUUCAGUAUUCUUUAAACAAAAUUUGUAUGAUGUUUCUUUGUCAUAUUUGAAUGAAUGAAAUAAAAUCCUCCUAUAACGUGUAAAA